AUGGCGCUACUCCGCUUUCGCACACUCGCCAUUGGCGCGGCCGCGUUGAUGGCCAGCAACGUCGCGUCGGCGUACAAUACCUCCUUCACCAGCAUCGAUGCCAUGCGGGCUGAGAUGGCUCUUCUGACCCGCGAUUCUGAUUGCCCACCCUGCUUCAACUGCUUGUUGCCCUCAUUUAACUGCGGCCAGUUCGCCGAGUGCAACGGCAACGACGGAACCUGCAAGUGCCCUCCCGGUUGGGCUGGAAUCGACUGCUUAGAUCCACUUUGUGGCUCGUUGGCUGGCGGCCACGACCGGCCACUACGCGGAGAUGCACCCGCUUGUCAGUGUGAAGAGGGCUGGACCGGUAUCAACUGCAAUGUCUGCACAGAUGACCUCGCGUGCAAUGCGUUGAUGGAGACCGGCGACGGCGGCGUCUGCUACCAAAUGGGAGACGUGGUCAAGAACAACUUCCAGAUGUGCGAUGUCACCAAUAAGCAGAUUCUGUCCAUAUUGAACGGCAAGAUCCCCCAGGUCACUUUCACCUGCGACCGCAACAGCUCCGAGUGCGACUUUCAAUUCUGGGUCGACCAGCGCGAAUCGUUCUUCUGCCACCUUCGCGAAUGCGAGUCGGACGCCCAAUUUGACGAAGCCGCCAACCACACCGAAUACCACUGCAAGAACAUCGAUUGCAGCUGCGUGUCGGAUCGGAUGCUCUGCGGUGAGGACGGGUCCAUCGACUUGUCCGAUUUCCUCAAGGACUCCAUAAAGGGGCCGGCCUCCUUCGAGUGCAACCAGGCCGAAGGUGCUUCGCUUUUCCUUGUCGGUGCUAUUCUCUUGACAUGGUACCUGUCCCGCCGCUCGUUCAACUACGGCCCCAUCCAGUUUGAUGACUCGGACGAUGAGUCUGUGAAGCUCAUGGCCGACCACCGGCCGGCCUCUCUUCACUUCGAAAACGUGUCGUACUCGCUCAACGGAAAGAAGAUUCUCAACAACAUUCAAGGCCUGGCCCGCCCGGGCGAGGUUAUGGCGAUCAUGGGUGCUUCUGGUGCCGGAAAGACGACGUUCCUCGAUAUCCUUGCUCGCAAGAACAAACGCGGCGACGUGUCCGGCGACUUCUUUGUCAACGGCGAGAAAGUCAGCAACCAGGACUUCAAGAAUGUGGUCGGCUUUGUCGACCAGGAAGACACCAUGCUGCCGACUCUGACCGUCCACGAAACCAUCCUGAACAGCGCUCUCCUCCGUCUCCCUCGCGACAUGAGCCGCUCCGCCAAGGAGCAGCGCGUGUACGACGUCGAAAAGCAGCUCGGCAUCCACCACAUCCGCGACUCGCUUAUUGGUUCCGAAGAGGGCCACGGACGCGGUAUUUCGGGUGGUGAGAAACGCCGCGUUGGCAUCGCCUGUGAGCUGGUAACGAGCCCCUCCAUUCUCUUCCUCGACGAGCCCACAAGCGGACUGGAUGCCUACAACGCCUACAACGUAAUUGAGUGCCUCGUCACUCUAGCCAAGACGUACAACCGAACCGUCAUCUUCACUAUCCACCAGCCUCGCUCCAACAUUACCGCUCUUUUCGACCGUCUCGUUCUCCUCGCCCAAGGCCACACCGUCUACUCCGGACCCUUUGCUCAGUGCCAGGACUACUUUGACCAGAUUGGCUAUUCGUGCCCUCCCGGCUUCAACAUUGCCGACUACCUCGUUGACCUGACCAUGCAUGCCGGCUCGGCGCCAUCGUACGAGGAUGAGCCUUCCGCCGGUCUAGCAACUGGCUCCGACGCUGCCAGCGACCGCCCCAGUAGCACUCGUGCCGUGAAGUCGAUUGCGAGCGUUUCUGCCGCCAGCACGAUGGCCGACGAGGCCAGCGGCGGGAACGCGGCCGAGGCAUCUUCGUCGACGCUGCGGUUCAAGGGCAAGCGUCGUAACUCUGUGCGUGCCCGCCAGGAGCGUGAGCUGUUUACGAGACGCAAGAAUACGAUAGAGACGUCUGCCUCGUCGGAUGCCGGGGACGCAGAGAUUGGCGCAUACAGGCUACAUCGGCAGUCGCCUGGAUCCGUCGCCCCCCAGAUUUUGGACGACAUUGACAAUGCGCCUCCAUCGGCCACAAGCGGCACAGAUCUGGAUGUCUUGAUCACCGCAUUUGCCCAGUCCCGAGUUGCCCAGAGCACACACGACGAGAUCAACCAAGCCGUCGCCGACGCGCACAACGCCAACGGCAACAAUUCGAGCAGCCCGGUGGACGAGGAUGGCGAUGUUGAUGCCGCCGCCAACGUAGGCGCCAACGGAUACAGCCCCGUGGGUCCCAACAUUCACCUCAGUGUCAUUGGAAAGGGUUACGCGCGUGUUGGUUACUACAGCCAGUUUAUCAUUCUGUCGCAGCGGACGUGGAAGAACCUAUACCGCAACCCGCUGCUGAUGCUCACUCACUACGCCAUCUCGAUCUUGCUCGGUGUCCUGUCUGGUUUCCUCUUCUACGGUCUUACUAGUGAUAUUCCCGGCUUCCAGAACCGCCUGGGUCUGUUCUUCUUCGUGCUCGCCUUGUUCGGCUUCAGCACACUGACGAGCUUGAACGUCUUUGCGAGCGAGCGGCUGCUCUUUACGCGCGAACGCGCCAACGGCUACUACUCGCCCGUGACGUACUUUGCCGCCAAGGUUCUGUUCGACAUCCUUCCACUGCGCAUUCUCCCGCCCGUGCUGAUGGGUGCCAUCAUCUACCCCAUGACGGGCCUGGUUCCUGAUUUUGAGCAUUUCAUUGUGUUCAUCCUCGUCCUCAUUCUCUUCAACCUGGCUGCGUCCGGCAUCUGCUUGUUUAUCGGCAUCGUGUGCAAGGACGGCAGUGUGGCGAACCUCAUUGGCAGCCUGGUGAUGCUGUUUAGUCUGUUGUUUGCGGGUCUCCUGCUAAACCACGACAAGAUCCCGGCCGCGGCUGUGUGGCUGCAGUACCUCUCCAUCUUCCACUACGCCUUUGAGGCCCUGAUUGUGAAUGAGGUGCGAUACCUUACGCUUGUCGACCACAAGUACGGCCUGGACAUUUCCGUCCCCGGCUCGGCCAUCCUGAGCUCGUUCGGCUUCAACAACAUUGCCCUAUGGAAGGAUGUGACGAGCCUGGGUGUGUUUGCCGUCGUCUUUAUCGUCCUGGCGUACGGUGCGAUGCACGUUCUCCUUGUCGAGAAGCGCUGA